AUGCCCGCACACCACCUCCCUUCCCCUUCCUCUUCUGCAUCGCUCUCGCCCCGCACCCAGAACUCGCACCCCAUGAGCCGCCAACACUCGUGUUCGGAAGACGAGAGCGACCCGGCGGCCAGGAGUGCCCUCGAGAUCAGGCGCGAGAAGAACCGCAUCAAGCAGCGCAACCUCCGACUCCGUCGUGCCAACCAGAUGGCCGACCUCGAGUCGACGGUGACAACCCUCCGCAGCGACCACCACGAGCUCGAAGACCGCAUUGCCCAGCUUGAAGCGCACGAGGCGUCGCUCUCUGCAUGGGUGCGUGACCUCGAGAGCGCCCUCUCGGCCAACGGCCAGCGUGACCACGUCGAGUCUCUCCGUCGCAUGUGGGCUGGCAACGCCGGCGUCGUCCACACCGCCCCCGAGACCUCGAGCCGCAUGUCUGCCGACCCACUCGCCACCUUGGCCACUGCUGCGUCGUCAUUCUCGCCUCCAUCCCGCACCGACCUCCGUCGCUGGGAGGACGAGCAGGCCUCGCGCAAGCGCCGCCGCUACGAAGAGUACGAGCACCCGCACCCCACCCACUCGACCGGCAUCACUGCGACGCCGGGACAGCCCCGCCUCCCGUCGCCCACGGGCGGCCGUAUGCGCAUUGACCAGCUCGUCUCGCUGCCCCUCCCGCGUCUCAACCAGACCUCGACGUCGGGUUCCAUGACUACCGACGCGGCGUGGAACAGCUGGAACCACAUCCCAGCCGACAACACCAUCCACUACGACGCCAAACCUCGUGUCUCCCAGGACGCGCGCGACAUCGCGGACCGUCCACACUCGGCCAGCAGCAGCGCCGGCACCACGCGCACGUGGAACUCGCCUGUGCAGAGCUUCGAGAUCCGCCUAUAG